CGCCAGCCAGAAUUCCCCUGAAAUCGUUCCAUGAUCCAUCUGUCCAUCCGGAAGUCUCCAUCCGACAAUCGAUCGACAUUCCAUCGGACGUCAUGAUCCGAUGGUGAUGUGAUUCCCUUUCCCACUGACACCCCGUCUACCUACCCUACCAGUUAUCUACCCAGCGCAUCCCCUUAACAUCUCAUCAAUAUUCCUCCAACUCGUGUCAGCAUCAAACUCCUUAAUCCAACACAAUGGACCACGAAAUCCCCCUCCCCCCACCGCCGCGCAUCCGUCACCGCGCCUCACCCACGCGACACCCUUCCGCGCCACGCAAUCAUCACCGCUACUUCGAUGACCGGUCCAGUCAACCGCCCUCCAGUGACCCGGCGUUGUUCUCCAGCGAUGAUAUCCCCGCCUCCGGACUCGAGAAUUAUCACGCGCCGGGACCGGCUGGGAGUCGGAAGCGUCGGUACCGCGGCACCUGGUGGGGGGAGAUGGUCAAAGACAAGGAUGCGAAGCGCAAGCGCGCGGAUUUCAAGGAUAAGCGGUUGGUGGAUAGUGGGGUGUGGAUGGGGAGUGAUGAUUCGGGGUUUUUGUUGUCGGAUGCGGAGUUGGGGGAGGAGUUGUUGAAAGAGAAUGCCAGUGCCAGUGCCAGUGCCAAUGCGAAUGCGAAUGAUAAUGCGCCGGGUGCGCAAACGCAGAUGCAGAUACAACCGCAACAACCACAGCGAGGCGUGGGCGUGUUCCGACGGACGGUGGAGGAAGAACCGCGCGAGCAGCAAAUCGCGCGCACCAUCGUGAACGACUGUCUCGAGAGGGGAGAAGAUAGCGUGGACUUAAGCGGCUACAACCUCCGCAGCAUCCCCCCGAACCUCCUCCUCCCCCUCCAACACCUAACCAAACUCCCCAGCAUCAAAGAACCCCCGAUCAGCGAAGACGUCUACACCUCGCUACAACCCUUCCUCCGACUCUUCCUGGCGGGCAACGCCCUCCCCACCAUCCCAGGGGAACUCUUCACCCUUGACGCCCUCCGCGUCCUCAGUCUCCGCUACAACAAACUCACCGACAUCCCCCCGGCGAUCCGCAAACUCACCCUCCUCCAAGAAGUUAACCUCUCCGUGAACCGUCUGCAAACCCUCCCCUGGGAACUCCUCUGGUUGAUUCGCAAAGGGGAUCUCAAACAUCUCAUCGUACGGCCGAAUCCGCUCCUCCAGAUCGAAGAGCAGGAGAUCACGACCUGGCAUGUCUCCCCAGAGAACCUGAACUCCUGUACAUACGACACACCCCCACCAGAAGAAUCCUGGGCCCCAAUCCACGUCGCCACGGGCCCAGUGACACGCUACAACGCCGAGGGCGUGCCCCUCGAUCCCCAACCAACCUCAUUCUCACCUUCAUCCUCAUCCUCAUCCCCAACCCCCAAACAAGAAACCACCCGCGUCCCAUCCCUCCGCGAACUCUCCCUCCUCUCAUUCAGCCGCUCCCCUUACCCCGAUCUCCUCUCCUCCGAAGAAAUAGAUACCUUCCCCGCGCUCAUGGGCCGGUUACUCCGGACGGCUAAAGAGGUGCGCAGUGCGGGCGGCCGGUCGUGCUCGGUGUGUCAUCGGGCGUUUGUCAUGGCGCGGAUGGAGUGGAUUGAGUGGUGGGAUUGUAGUACGUAUGAGAAUGGGUUGAAGGGACCGAGGGGCUCGGGGGAGAGGUUGCGUCCGUUGCCGUUUCGGAGGGUUGGGUGUAGUUGGGGGUGUGGGCCGGAGGCUACGGUGUAG